AUGGACCGCAUCCGCGGGCUUAUCGCUCGCCGGCCUACGUAUGAAGCAAUCGAGCAGCCGGUUGACGCCGACGACGAGAGCAUCCGCUUAACUCGUGAAGAGGAACAGCAUCCCCGUUUCUCCAAAUAUGAAUACGCAGUAUUCUUUCUCUUGGGAGUAUCUAUGCUAUGGGCAUGGAACAUGUUCCUCGCCGCUGCACCAUACUUCUACCACCGUUUCCACACAGACGACUGGGCAGCAACCCAUUAUCAGCCUUCAAUAUUGACCGUAUCCACCGUUACUAACCUAGGUUCCUCGUUCAUCCUGGCCAAGCUACAGAAGGGAGCGUCCUAUCCGAAGCGUGUCACCAUCUCUCUGCUUAUCAACAUCGUGGUGUUCACGCUCCUGGCCUUCUCCACCAUCCUGAUGAAGGAUGUCGCAGUAAGCACAUACUUCAGCUUUCUCAUGAUCAUGGUGUUUGGGGCCAGUCUUGCGACCGGAAUAAACCAGAAUGGCGUGUACGCUUACGUCUCCGGCUUUGGAAGAGAGGAGUAUACCCAAGCCAUCAUGGGCGGCCAAGGCGUAGCGGGUGUCCUACCCUGCAUUGUCCAGAUCCUCUCCGUGGUCUCCGUGCCAAGUAAGAAGGAAGGACAAAAAGCACCACAGGAGUCCUCCAAAUCCGCUUUCGCCUACUUUAUCACGGCGACAGCCGUGUCGUCCUUUGCUCUGCUAGCCUUCCUAUCCCUCGUCAAGCGACGCGCAUCCUCAACCCUCUUAGACCCAACGGACGACCACAGCGACCCAGAUGUGCCAGAGAACAAGUCUGUCAGCCUCUGGACGCUCUUCAAAAAGCUCCGCUUCAUGGCCUCGGCCAUCUUCCUCUGCUUCACAGUCACCAUGACCUUCCCUGUCUUCACAGCGGAGAUCGAAUCCGUCCACGACACUCCCGGACGAUCUCGACUCUUUGAUCAGGCCGUCUUCAUCCCUCUUGCAUUCUUCUUCUGGAAUGCAGGUGAUCUGAUGGGCCGAAUGCUCGUCCUGUUUCCCCGUCUCUCCCUUGUUAACCGUCCCUUCGUGUUGUUCCUCUUUUCGAUUGCUCGAGCCGCAUUCAUCCCGCUGUAUCUUCUCUGCAACAUUCGCGGCCGGGGUGCAGUCGUCGAAAGCGAUUUCUUCUACCUAUUUAUCGUGCAGUUGCUGUUCGGAAUAAGCAACGGGUACCUGGGAAGUAAUUGCAUGAUGGGCGUUGGACAGUGGGUGUCUCCUGAUGAACGUGAACCUGCAGGUGGGUUCAUGGGAUUGAUGCUCGUAGGUGGGCUGACUGCGGGAAGCUUGAUGAGCUUUCUGGUUGCUGGUGCUUGA